AUGAUACCCGCCACUUAUCAGUCCGUUGAGGGAUACCAGUGUCUCGAUGAUCUUUUCGAUCCCGAGAUCAAUAGGAAGGCGUUACAAAAUGCCUUGCAGCAGGCUACUAAGGAUAAUGUUGAGGGUCCGGGCCGUGAUGUUGUGCAAUCCGCACAACCCUUUGGGAAGAUGCUACUGGAAACCUUAAGAGAGAUUGCCGGUUUCUGUGGCCAGCAUGACUUGCACCUGAUUUGUGAUGAAAUUUUCGCCAUGUCUGUUUACGACAACCCAGAGGUUCCAGACGCAGUCCCAUUCACUUCUGUAUUGGCCUUGAACCUUGACGACAAUAUCAAUCCUCAGAAGGUCCAUGUUGCUUACGGCAUGGGUAAGGACUUCUGUGCAGCCGGGUUUCGAUUAGGCGUGCUACACUCUAGGAAUGAAGGUCUCAUAACGGCAGUAUCUACCAUCAGCGUUCUUGGAUGGGUACCAUAUAUCGUGCAAGACAUCUGGGCCAACAUGUUAACGGAUGAUGGGUUUCGGGUCGACUUUAUGAGCAAGAACCGCAAGUUACUCACAGAGCACUCUGCAAUCUUGACUGCCUUCCUACAGGAACAUGAAAUUCCGUAUUACUCCAAGGUUAAUGCUGGUGUUUUCGCCUGGGUCAACCUGCAGCGCUAUCUUUACGAUAAGUCCGAGGUUUCAGCUACCGACUUGUUUAGGUCUAAUGAUAAAUUCUAUCGAGACCGUGAAAUGACGCUGUGGAAUCGCUUGCUUGCGUCUGGUGUAGGACUUGGUCUCGGCAGCUGGUAUUCCGCAGAAGAGCCAGGCUGGUUCCGCGUCAGCUUUGCUGUCGAAAAGGAGGCGUUGCGUAUCGGGCUUGAGAGAUUGAUUAAAACCUUACGGGAGGUUAAAGCAGAGGGAUGGAAAUAG